AUGGGAGAGUCCAUCACCGAGGGAACCGUCGCCACCAUCCUGGCCCAGCCAGGCGAGACGGUGGAGGAGGACUCCGUGCUAGCCACGCUGGACACCGACAAGGUCUCCAUGGACAUCAAGUACCCCAACAAGACCCCGGGCGUGGUCAAGGAGUACAAGGCGGCGGAGGGCGACACGGUCACCGUGGGCCAGCUCUUUGCGGUGAUUGAGGAGACCCGCGUGGCGGAGCGCCUGAAGAACGCGCAGAACACGUACGCGCUGCUGACCACCUUCAACGAGGUCGACAUGACCGCGCUGAUGGACCUGCGCAAGGCCCACAAGGACGCCUUCCUGGAGAAGCACGGCGUCAAGCUGGGCUUCAUGUCCGCCUUCGUCAAGGCGGCGGCCAACGCGCUGGAGACGGUGCCGGCGGUGAAUGCGGUGAUCGACGGCGGCGACAUCAUCUACCGCGACUAUUACGACAUCUCGGUGGCGGUGGCCACGCCCAAGGGGCUGGUGGUGCCGGUGCUGCGCAAUGUGGAUGCCAUGAGCUUUGCCACGGUGGAGAAGACCAUCAACGAGCUGGGGAAGAAGGCGCGGGACGGCGCGCUGUCCAUCGACGAGAUGGCGGGCGGCACCUUCACCAUCUCCAACGGCGGCGUGUUUGGCUCCAUGCUCUCCACGCCCAUCAUCAACCCGCCGCAGUCCGCCAUCCUGGGCAUGCACGCCACCAACAUGAAGCCCGCGGUCGUCGACGGCCAGAUCGUCGCCAGGCCUCUCAUGUACCUGGCACUGACUUACGACCACCGCCUCAUCGACGGGCGCGAGGCGGUCACCUUCCUCAAGCGCAUCAAGGAGGUCAUCGAGGACCCCCGCCGCCUGCUGCUGGAUGUCUGA